CUACAUGCGCCACACAGCUAACGCUGUUAAAAUGCGACAGUAGUGCUGAACAACGUUCGAAAAUCUGCAUAUCCAAUAUAGGUUGGACAUUAACUCGUAAAAUGUAAGGAAACCCCUUUUAAUGUAAACACAAUUUAGAUUUGACCUGACUACGACAUGUGCGAUUCACCAGAAAAUCAAACGCUCCAGGCUCGUCUGCGAAGUUUGGAAGAGUUGACGGAGUUCACCGAGAACUGCCAGAGACAACUGAAUGAGCUGUUCGAGACGCUGGGAUGGAGACAGGACCUGGACAACGGCUCAGUUCAGGAGCCGAUGGAGGUGUGCCCCUAUGACCCGAACCACAGAGUGCCAAGCAGGAGCAUGGAGAGACACAAAGCCACCUGCCAACUCAGCCAGAUGGGAUACUCCCAUGAGGAACAGGCUGAGAUGUAUGACACCUCUCUGUAUUAUGAGAAUGCCAGCAUUACCAGCUUCACAAUGGACAAACAGACACAGCAACAAGUGAUUCUACAAGCAAGAGCAAGUGCACCGUCAAUUAGGACAGAGGGACUGUACAGCCAAAGUGAAUACUCCACAGAUCCUUCAGAAGUUCCUCAGAACCACAAGCGAGCUAUCUGUGACCUUACUGUGGCAGACCGACUGGCUCUUUUUGAUCACGUGACAAGGGAGGCCAUCCAACAGAAGGAUCAAGCUGUUGCAACCGACAACGAGGACCUCUAUGUUGAUUUGGUGGCCAAGCUCAAAAAGGGUAACGAUCAGAACGAGCACAAGUCUCACCUGGAGCUGAUGGCUGAGAUGAGGGAUUACAAGAGACGGCGGCAGUCUUACAGAGCCAAGAACGUCCACAACACAAAGAAGUCCUACACUGAGGUGAUUCGGGAGGUAAUUAAUGUCCACUCUGUUGAACUGUCCAGUCAGUGGAAAGAGGAGGAGAGGAAGGAAGAGGUUAGAGAGUCCAAACAUGCCCCUCACAGGAGAAGGUCUGAGGACAGACGGUCUGCCUCCACAGAGUCCCGCCAAUCUCAUGUCAGCUCCAGGGAUGGACACGGCUCCCACCACAAAUGCCACCGCAGCAAAGACCCCAGCCCAGAGCAGAGCCAGGAGCGCAGCCGAGAGAAGGAGAGCAAGAAGAAGAGAAAGAGGGAUUCCUGCUCUCCGGAUGAGAGACCUCAUGAUCGAAAGAAGAAAAAGAAGAAAAAGAAGAAAAGGGAAGAGAAGUGAUUUUCAAGAUUAGUGCUUUGGCUUGGAAAACCAGAGAUUAGGGCAAGGAGCCAAUCAAAGCUACGUUCCAAUGAUCAUAAUAGCGUACCACUUAGAAUGCACGCCUUCAUACUAAGUGCUCAAUUCAUGGCUUCAUACUAAAUGGUAUGCAUGUGUCGAUAUUGCAGGAAAAUCUUUCUUUGUUGUAAUCUGAUGAUAUUUUAAAGCAACAGUGGAGCUCUAAACAUUUGUCUUAAACUGAGAGGUUAUUAAAUGCCUGUUGUAUUAGAUUACAGAAUGUAAAUAAACUGUUAGAACACGAUUCUCAGAAUUCUGUUGUACAUUCAGGAUUACCCCUGUGUUUGAUGUUUAAAGUUAAAACUACAUUGUGUUUGAGCUUUGAAUAGAGAAUAAAAGCUUCAUAUGUGUACUUUAA